GUUCAACUCCUCAUCAGCUGCAGAAAGCCUCAUGUUGAGGAUAUCAUCAACCAUCUGCUGUGACAUGAGCUUUGUGCUCAGCAUUUGGUUCAUAAAAAUGCAGGAUUACCACUUGAUGUUAUGAUAUAGAAUCCUUAACUGCAUCAUUGUUCCCGCCAGUUAAGACGUAUAUCCUUACUAUUAAGGGAUAAACGCUUCUGUAUGGGUUAAGCUGACUAUGACGAUGACAAUGUUGUGUUAGAGCACCAGCAGUUUGUCGGCUCUUGGACCACUUUAUUUGCAACUUCUCGCCCCACAGAUGUUGCUUUUUGUAUUGCUCCCUUGUCUGAAAACAAAGUUUGACAGACCGGCAAUCUUGUGGAAGGAAGGGGACCAGACUAUGGAGUCAAUCUUACAUGUCUAGUCCGGUGGUCAGGCACCUUUAAAAAAAGUAUAUGUAUACUAAACACAACAAAUUGGAAAGGUAAGACCAACAAAUUUAGAGUGAGCUUUUUACAGCGAUAGUUAAAUUCCCCGUGCACCAGGUCGAUCGCACGAGAUGAUGUUAAUUGGUAGCGAACAACACUGAAAGAUCAUGUGAAACGGUGACGAUCAACAGUACGUCGUCAGUGACUAGAGUACAACAUAUCCUACCAGUACUGCUAUUAAUAACAUGGCGUAUGGCAGAGCAGCAUUGGUCCCAUCACCCUCAAACAGUUCCCAUGAUGCAUUUGCAGUCCAGUCAACCAAUCGCAGUGGUUGUCAGCUACAACAUGGUCGGUCAGCUGAGCAGCGCAGCGCUCCGGAGAAUUGGGAAGAAGAAGUCGGAAUACAUAUGGACCAAAACAGCACAUUUUUGCACUUAAAUGUCAAUAAAACGCCUGUACCUUCCUUGUUCUGAUGUGAGACUUCAAUUGGGGCAGCUUGAAGCUUGUUUGCCCUAAGUAUAGUGAUCAACGACUGUGAUUGGUUGACUGGGCUGCAGAGCAUCAUGGGAAUUUACCGUAACCUGGCUUGCUGUUGAGAGUGACUGCACCUGACGCGCUGCACCAUGACAAAGUGGUCUAAUGGAAUAGUUGGGUGCAAGUCAGGGAAAUUGCUGUUAGCUGUGAUGAUAUUUCAGUUUUCUGAUGUCUUAGAGCCAUUUCUUGAGCCACAAUUUCGUUGAGCGAGCUGAGCUGUAGGUUCCCGACCCGCAACUUAUCAUUAGCAGGUGAGUUGUUCCACCGCGGUCAAGCCCGCACCCAGUCGGGUGCCAGAAUUCAAUCUUGCGCGUUUAUGCUGGUAGUUACGGUAAAGCCGUCUCCAGCAGCGUCUUCGGGGAAAACUUCAAAAUAAAAGCACGAAGAUGGAUUAUAAAGUACAAUUCCGUCCUUUUUGUGAAUAGUGGCUGCAAUCAAACUCAUAUACACUCAUACACACAUAGUAGAGGACCUGAUGGAGACAUACAGGAGGUUUUAUGGCAUUUGAUCGUGUACUUACAGAAUAAAAGCCUUUGAUUUCAUAUGGCUCAUAAUUUAUAUUGUGUUAUUAUGCUCUUCCUGGGCGGAGUUUUACUUGGGCUGCAGUCAAACCCAUAUGGACUCACAGUAGAGGUCCUGAUAAAGACACACAGGAAGUUUCAUGGCAUUCUAUUGUGGUUCCUGAGUAGGUCACUUACUCGUCCCUGUGUCACAGGUAACUUUGUGAUAAAGCGUGAAGCAGAUACGAUGAUCAAAUUCAAGUCGGGUUUCAGAUUUCAAUUGAAGGUGAAGCAUGCAUGACUUUCUCAGCAAAUAUUUACCUCACACAGUGGUCAGGUGAGAUGUGCUGGCUGGAUAGAAGCACCGUCCCGGGCAGUGUUUGCGCUAUGCUCUCAGCUCAGGUAUGAUACAUGAGUGCAGAACACCACGUUCACCUGCUCAGACACUGACCGAGAUCAUUAGGCAUCAGGGCUGAGGUUCGUUAGCGCAGGUACGUCGUGUUUCUUUCGCUGGAAGCUCAGGUGAGUAAUGAUUGUUGAGCUUUGUGGUGGGAGCAUCACCCAAUUCUGUCAGGACUCCGGGAUAUUCAGGCGGCGAGGUGAAACCCAGGGGACUCCUGAUGGAUGGAGACUGGGACAGCUGUGCUGCUUGUUCCGCUUUACCAUCAAACACAGCACCAAGGUGGGGCAACUAGAAGAAACCACCUCCCAGGGGAUCAUUCUAAUGCGGACAGAAACAUCACACAGGCGAAGCCAGGCUGGAGGUGUGUGGCUAAGAUUUUAGCUGAAGACUGGACCGCUGAUCUGCACACAGCCACUCACAAAACUCAGGAAAUAUUUACUAUAAUUAUACAAGAUAUAUAUAGCAUGUUUAUCUACUGCUGUGUGAGUGAGUGUGGGUGCUGCAACCCUGCGAUGGGUUAUGGUGAGAAAGAGCUUAGUCAAAAGCCAAGGUCUCUAAGCCGAUGCUUGAGGUUUACUUUUUGCUCUUCCGCCACGAAAGCUGCUUAAGCAACUCUCUGCUCAGAAAAUGGUGAGUGCUGAGUCAGCAAAACAGAUGAAAGUCGGUUGAAAACUGAAGCCAGAGCACUUGAGUCUCAACUCUCUGCCUGUGUGAAGUUGUCUUCCUGUGAUGAGCAGGGGGCCGCUGGAAGGAAAGCAUGGGCGCGGGAAGGAAUCUGACACAGUAAAAAGGGUAUCUUAGCGCCAGCUCAGUAGAGAUGGAGGACGUGAGAUGGGAGCGCCGUCGCCUCCUUCAAGACGUCAACAGCAACAGGUCCAUGCUCUUCUUGGAGCCCGAGAGGAACUGCACCGAACCAGCAAUCCAUGAGUUCCCCAGGGAUUAUUUCACGAACCAGGAGCGUAUGGAUGGUGCUGUGGGCCUGCAUGUCCUCUGCGCCGUCUAUAUGUUUUAUGCUCUUGCUUUGGUGUGUGACGACUAUUUUGUCCCAUCGCUGGACAAGAUCUGCGAGCGUCUUCACUUGAGCGAGGACGUGGCAGGAGCGACCUUCAUGGCGGCCGGUAGUUCAGCCCCUGAACUCUUCACUUCUGUCAUAGGAGUGUUUGUCACCAAAGGGGAUGUCGGCAUCGGCACCAUCGUGGGGUCAGCAGUUUUCAACAUCCUCUGCAUUAUUGGAGCUUGUGGAAUCUUCGCCGUGCAGACCAUCCAUUUGUCCUGCUGGCCUCUGAUCAGAGACUCUGCCUACUACACCCUGUCUAUUUGUGCUCUUAUAGUGUUUAUAUAUGACGAACAGGUGGUUUGGUGGGAGGCGCUGACACUCAUUCUCAUGUACUUCGUCUACAUUCUGAUCAUGAAACUCAACUCUUAUGUGGUACGGUUUCUGGAGAGGAGGAAGAAAAACUCAGCCAAUUUAAGAACCAAAACAUCUCAUAAUGCUGAGCUGGAAGAUGGCUGCGACGCCACUGCUGUUCUGCUGAAGAAAGGAACCCAACACAGGAGCCCCUCCGUGUUGAUGGUGGAUGAGCUGCUUUCAGCAUAUCCGCACCAGCUGACCUUUUCUGAAGCUGGCAUGAGAAUCAUGAUCACCAACCACUUCUCUCCUCGGACCCGUCUCACCAUGGCCUCCAGAAUGCUCAUUAAUGAGAGGCAGCGUCUCAUACAGUCACGGAUUUGGACCAACGGUGAGUCCGAGGUCCCAGCGAAAGACGGCGGGAGAAGAGGGACCGAGAACGGAGCGGAGAGGGGAAACAAGAAUUGCCAGGAUCACCUGGAUGGAGGAAAUGAGACAGAAAAUGAAGAUACGAUGAACAACGACAUGGACGAAGAUGAGGAUGAAGAAGACAGCGAGGGACCUUUCGUGCCCUUUCAGUGCCCAGCUGGUGUGUGCAGCAAACUGAAGUGGCUCCUGGCCUGGCCCGUGUGUCUCCUGUUGUACUACACCGUCCCCAACUGCUCCACGCCACGGUGGGAGAACUGGUUCAUGCUGUCCUUUGUUGCCUCCACUCUGUGGAUCGCCGCCUUCUCCUACAUCAUGGUCUGGAUGGUGACAGUGAUCGGCUUCACACUCGGAAUACCAGACGUGAUCAUGGGCAUCACAUUCUUGGCAGCUGGUACCAGUGUGCCUGACUGCAUGGCCAGUCUCAUCGUGGCACGACAGGGAAUGGGGGACAUGGCGGUCUCCAACUCCAUCGGCAGUAACGUGUUUGACAUCUUGGUGGGGCUCGGCCUUCCAUGGGCGCUGAAGACACUGGCUAUCAACUACGGCUCAGUCGUCAGAUUAAACAGCAAAGGACUGAUUUUCUCUGUUGGACUGCUGCUGGCUUCUGUGUUUCUGACGGUUAUGGGGGUUCAUCUGAAUCGGUGGAUGUUGGACAGACGCCUGGGUCUGAUGUGUCUCCUCCUCUACGUCAUCUUUCUGUGCUUCUCCUGCCUCAUCGAGUACAACAUCUUCAUCUUUGUCAACCUGCCGACAUGCCAGGACGAGUGAGACUCGCUGCUCGACACGACGCUCGCCUGUUCAUCACUCUCCUGCUCCCUGUGUCUGUUCCAACUUCCAUCAGAGGAUGGAUUCAGGAAGGCGUUGCCUUGUGAUGGGAAGCAUCACAUCAGCAUGUGUAAAGAGGACUUGUUUUUUAUGGUUUGAGGUCACUUGUUGACAAACCCAGAAGCAGACUGUCAGUGUUGUGCGAGACGUGUGUAGACUUUAGACAUAUCUGGGGAGUAGAGCUCUUCACGGUGAGCCACCUGAAGCGCAGCCAAGCACACUUUUGACGUGGUUAUUUUGUAAAUGUACACACACACACACAGGGGUGUACUUUUUGAUGACAAUGUACACGUAGCUUCUAUGUUUCGUGUUUCAACAACAAGAGAUGAGAUCUCCUUCUACAUACGUUUAUGAUCUCAUUCAUGCAGUACGCACAAGACUCCUCUGGAGGUCGCCAAACAUCCAGAUUUUUCUGUUCCUCUAAAUAGACCGAAACUAUCAGCAAAAUAGAGUAUAUAAGCACGACGAGAAAAUAGAGGUAGACUUUCUUUCAUUUGUAAAUGUUGGUCAGCUUAACUGUAUGGUGUGUGUGAGUGUGUGUGUGUGUGUCUGUCAAGAUUUUGCUGCGCACAGUGGUGUCCGUUUUCUGAAGAGUGUGUUUACUAUUUGAGUGAAUCUCAUGUGGCGAGAGACAGAAAAUAAAAUAUGAAACUGUAUUUUACGCAACAAAGAAUUAGCAAAGAAAGGAAAGAUGGAGCUGUAACUCUCAGGAUAGACGACAAGUGCAUGUUAGUAGGUCCAACUUUUGGAAACAUUAGUCACUUUUUCUGAGGUAAAAGCUGGAAAAAAAAAAAGUUUCAGUUUAUAAAGGUUAGAAGCUUCAAGAUGGCCAGUUGCAUUCAAGUAUUUGUGACACCUUUAACUGCUAGAGUGGCUCGUGUUGAUGUGUCCCCCACCUUUGACCAUAUUGUGAGAAGAGUGUUGGUGGUGAUGGAGGGGAACCAAAACGUAGCAGAAUCUAAUGGACAUUCUUCUGUAACUAUCCUGUGUCGUCCAUGACUGAGCCGUGGUCCAUCGGCCAGCAAUAACCGUCUCAGACAAUCAUCCCGUCCACACUGCAUGGGGACCACUGGGUAUACAGAGGGAAUCGUGUCGGCAAUAAGUAGCGCCAUCACCGUCCGCACGCAAGGCAAUAAUAUGGGUCCAAAGAUCAAUCUGUGAAAUCAUUUUUUUUUUUUUUUUCUUAAGUUAUUUAAAAAUAAUCCCAAUUUGUUUAGGGGUUUUCAUUGUUUCACCUGGUGGGAGUGAUACACAAUCAGAUCUUUUUGGCUGGAGGGAAACUAGUUCAAAUCUGGUUUAUAUAGUAGUUCAGCAUGACCCAACCCAACUGGUGUUCAUCCUUUCACAGAUGAACAGUGUUGGCACUGACCUUUCUCUCACGUUUUAGUCGCAAGCUUAAGGAGCCCUGUGCUGCUUCUCCAACAUAUGGAAAAUGUUGUCGUGCAUGAUGUGAAAAGUGCCACAUCACGACGUGGCUUUUUUUUAUUGCCAUUUUAACCUUUAUUCCAUUGUGAAUCUCACAAACCAUUGGCUCUCAGAGCGACAACCACGACUGCUUCUCAGCAAUAACCUGGGUUCAACGUCAUGUUUUUAAAUGGUUCAGUUCUUGUUGUAACAGAUGGAGACAGAAUCUUCAAUGUAGCUGUUUCACAUGAAGCUGAGUAACGUGGGAGAGCUAGAGAAGUCUGACAGCUGACUGUCACUCACAAGGCGGUCAGCGUGGUCAGGGAUGCAACUUCAAAAUCCCAUUGUAAUUACAUGUCUAAGAUAUAACUGUCAUUUUCUCCUGUACAUGGCUCAAGAAUCAUCGAUAUGAGUUGAUGGCAGGAUCUGACCCUUCAAAACAAAGUCUCUCUUUUUGUCUCUUCUUUUCGUCUCUUGAGCUCAUAAACUACUCUGUUUUUAUACGUCCUACACUUUUAUGAGUAUAAAAACAAUUGAUUGUACGAUUGAGUUUCAAGGACUCCAGAGAAAACCAGCAGCACUUCUGGUAAAAUUAUUUCUUGAUUUAUUUUUCUUUCCUUUUUAAUGCCUUAUUUAUUUUCAGUAACUUUAAAAAAAUAUAUAUAUAUAUAUUUCCUUAACUUAUGUUUCCUUUUCAAAUUGAGGAGUUUGUCAGUACUGGGGCGUGGUGGGAUUCAGGUUGUUCUGGAGACAUUUCCAGUGUUUCACACACCAAAGACUCUGAACAGACAUUUGUGUUUUUCCCCCCGUAAUUGUAUCAAUGGAGUACAAAAAGGUGCACUGUGCUGAGGCGAAGUUGCAAGUCCAAGAAAAUUCGACAUACAUGUUUUGAAGCAAUCCAAAAUUAUUUGUGAUAUUCACAUGGAACUGUAAGAUACGUCUGUAAAUAGUGAAGUAUUUAUACAUAUUUUUGUCUGUAUAGUUGUUAAAUAUGGCAGAGACUUUAGACUACUUUGUUGACCUUUACGUGUUUGACCAUGUUGUCCUGUUUACACACAGAGAGGCGUCUAUCACAGGAGCAGUCCGUGCAGGGGAGGAAAGAGACAUAUCAGGACGUUUGAUACACGUUUUUCACUUUUAUCUCUGUGCACAGAAACGUACUGAAGCUGACUGACCACCUAGUGGUGUUUCCACUCUCAUCAUAAGAACCCUUUUGCUAAGUCAGCAUUAAUAAAAUUGUCUCCAGUAAAUACAAGAUUGAGUCCUGUG